AUGGCUAUCGAAUACGAGAAAGCACUUGCGAUACUCCAGAAUGUCGCGAAAAAAUGUUCCUAUGGACGCGAUAAAUCUAUUGAAACUUUGCCAUUGCUGGAAGCCCUGGGUCGCGUUGCGGCAAAAGACCAUGUCAGUCCCAUCUCGACUCCACCCACAGAUACAUCGGCCAUGGAUGGAUAUGCCAUAUCUUCGGCGGCGACUAUAGGGGCAUCGGCUCAAAAGCCCGCAAUAUUCGUUAUCAAAGGAACAAUUGCAGCUGGCGACCAGCCCAUCGAGCUUGCGAACGAGCUCGAAGAUGGAGUUCUUCCGUGCGUGGAGAUUAUGACAGGCGCACAGUUCCCGCAAAGCACUUCCGACACGCCUUUCGAUGCAUGCGUCAAAAUCGAAGAUACUGUCUCACUUGGUCCAAGGACGACAGGCGCUGAAGUCAAGUCACACCGACAAAUAGCGGUGACACGAUCUUUACCGUUGCACGUAAACCGACGAUUCGCAGGGAGCGACAUGCAGCAAGGCGAUGUCAUACUUCGGGCUGGAACUGUAGUGUGUUCACGCUACAUCAUGGCUCUAGCAUCUGUAGGUAUCACCGAAGUCGCUACAUGUCGUAGACUUCGAGUAGCUAUAUGGUCUACCGGCAACGAACUAAGCGAGGGAUUGGACAGCUGUUGCAACAAAUCGCAGAUUUUCAAUUCGAACGGCCCGUACCUGGUUGCAGCGAUGCGGGAGCUUGGUGUUGACGCACACUACAAAGGCAUAUUGCGAGACGAUCCCGAUAAACUUCAAGCUGCGCUUGGCUCGCUACAAGAGAGGUCUUACGAUCUGGUGAUUACCACAGGUGCGGUCUCGAAGGGGAAAUUCGAUUUUAUCGUGCCAGCUUUGGAAGAGCUACACGCUCAAGUGCAUUUCCACGGUGUUGCUAUCCGCCCCGGCCAUCCCGUCCUUUUCGCAACCACGGAUAGUGAAUCGGGCCAUGGGGUUCCUUUGUUCGGUCUUCCAGGCAACCCAAUUGCAGCUGCGGCAUGCUUCCGAUUCCUCGUGGUGCCCUUCUUGAGGCACAUGCUUGGCCGAACGACCGAAGUCCCUGAGCUCGCAAAGCUACAUCAACGAAACGGGUCUCGGGAUGCGUUGUUAGCCUCUCCAUCGCACUUGGACUGCUUCCGGCAUGGUACCUUACGAGCUGAUAGCGACGGUAAUAAGGUUGUAGAGCUAAGCGGGAACCAGAGCCCAGCUAUUAUAUCGCAGUUUGCAGCUUCCAACUGUUGGGUACACAUUCGAAAGGAACGUUCGGCGGAGUUGCGGGAGAUUGUGGUUCUGUGUUAUCCCCAUCAGCCAUUCUUGGAAUGA